UCUUUGCAUAGAAUACAUUUUUUGCAUGUAUUGUGUAAUUUAUUGUGUCAGUAAAGAAAAUGGGGACUGGUGCAUCAAAAAACAAAAGAUCAAAUGUCGUUUCGAGUUGUCAACAACCUACGAGGUUGACCAACCGUCCGCAGAACCGCCGUGCCAGUCGGCAGGAGAAGGAACAACCCGAGUAUGUUCUUCUGCCGAGUAUAAAGAAGGAGAGAUUCCACCGCAGUCACAACACUCCGCUAAACCUCGAAAGACACCAACAGGAUGUUUUCGGGGCAGUACCAACAGUGCCUUCGGGCGUUCUUAGAGAUAACCCGACUAAAGACCAUGCCGGGGUCGAGAAUUCCUCGGUAUCUUUAAGCUCGAGCUCUCGGAGCGUGACAGAUGAACUGGACGACCUUCGAACCGAACUGGACCAAGUUCUGGUCGGCCACUACUACGCCAUCAACAAACCCGCCGCUGGGGUUCUCCGAACCGCAGAGAUCUCUGUUCUAGAGAGGCGUAACCAACUACAACCUUUGCCAUUGGACUACCAGCCGGUCAUAGGAGAUAACUCAAAGGAUAGGGAGUGGAUACGGCCCGGUGACUUGGUGAAGCAGGAGAGGGAUCUUAUGGAUCGGAUGCGAAGAGAAAGGGGGCCCUCCAAACAGGAUACAAAGAUAGAUAAAGAGACAGAAGACGAAGGUUCACCGUUAAUUGUCUAUGAUUCGGAAGAUGAUCAGGAUCGAGGAGACUUUGACAUCCAAAAAUUUCAAGCAGUCAACGUUCCAAAGGAACCUAUCGCAACAGGUGUGGACAUCUUAAACAAGACAACUUACACCAACUAUUCAUCCACCAUCGACAAUAAAGAGAUGACACCGGGUACCAUUAGCAUCCAACCUGCAAGGAUCUCGGAAAUUGCGACGACAUCAACAAAACCGAUUUAUGAUCCAUCGGAAGAAGACCUACUAAGAGAUAUUGAACAAGAAUUAUUCUAAAAAUACACCAGAGUAUAAUCAUGGUUGUGAAAAUGUUCAACAUACUGACUGCAAUUUUAAGAAAUCUAGGCCUUGUAUAUUUGCUUUGUGCAGGAAGGAUACAUAUUUCUUUUUUUUUUAGAUUGCAGUUCCCCCAAACAGCAGAUGUUAUUGAUUGUAGUUAUUAACACUAUUAAUUUCGUCAUAAAAUCACAAUGAACUUUGGGUAUUACUACACUUUUUUGUAUCAUCACAAUUUUGUGUCGUAUCACAAUUUUUUGGUAUUCUCGUGAUAUUUUGUGUUAUCACAAUUUUUGGUAUUAUCGAAAAUAAUUUUGUCGUGUGAAAAGAGUGUAGUUAUUUUAUGAUGUUUAAAAAUGUUUAUCAAUUAUUUAAUUAUCAAUUAUUUUAUUUGUACAAAUACUGAGCCAUUGAGAAAAAAAAAACAGCAAUUAGAAACUCGGGCUUACAUUCUAUCUUUUCUGUUUCGUAGAUCCGGGGAUCGUUUCAUGAAAUACGAGAAGUCCCGUUUUAUCCGACAGUUACCACAGUAACAGUGCUUCUCAACCAAUCAAAUCUGACAACUUGUCAGACAACAUGUUGAUGAAACGCUUCACAUGAGCCACUGCAGACAGAGUUGCGUUAAUAAUAAUGAUAUUAUAGCAUUUUUCAGGCCACCGCACACAAUGGCACGAAUUCACAAAGGUGGUUUCUACAGAAACCAUGGUUUCUAAAACCCACGGUUUCUAAAAACCAUGGUUUCAAACGACACCACCUUUGUGAAUUCGGGCCAUGUAGACUAGUCUGCGCGACCCGAGUUCGAAAUUAAACGUAGUACAAUUUGAAGUUAUUACCGAGACACGGAAUAUCUUAUGUAAUGUUCAAAAUCAUCGUACGAAUACCUACGUUCAUAUCUGUGACUAUGAUAUCAUCCUAAAAGCGAAUUUAACAUUUAGUCGUAAUGACGUCAUAGCAAUCGUACCAUUGGCUACGAUUUGAAACUACAUGUAAUUUUGCCUUUGUUUCA